AGCUAUUCUAAACGGCUAAAUUGUAGUGAAUAUAUCCGAGGAGCCAAGCAACAAGUUGUUCGUAGCUCUUGAUUUCUACCACGUAUUCACAUGUCAUUGUCGACUUCCAGGUGCCACUUAUAUUACUAUUGGUUGUUCCUUGCUGGACCCUCAACAUACUUAUUCAUUCUUGACCUCAUUUUAUUAUUGCGAGUCUAUGCUUUGUAUAACCAAAACAAAUUUCUUUUUAUCUUCCUCUCAUUUUGUACCGUCGGGUCGGCAGCGGCUGCUCUCUGGGCCUUCAGUGUCGUGUGUAGACACAUCGUCUCGUCUGCGGCAGUCACGGCAGCUCCUUGGAGGGGCUGUAGGUCUAUGGCGCCCAACAUGAAGUACAGCAUUGCUGCAUAUGUCCCAAGCUUCUUGCUGUCAGUAAUAUUUCUGGCUUUGACCGUGACGAAAUUUUGCCGGACGUACCGCGCCAUACGUGGGCGCACCUAUGACCCGAGGACAAUCAUGACUCAGAUGAAACACAUUUCGCCGCUGUUGACAGCCUUUGUCGAAGAUGGAUGUGUAUUUUUUGCAUUAAUUACAUCGUUCUUUAUGCGUGGUCCCAUCCAUGCUAUAUUUCUUCCGUGGUCCAUCGUUUGCUAUUAUUAUGCUGGAUCGCAUCUCCUCUUAAACCUUAGGUGGUAUUCCGUUCGUUAUUGUAGACACGGCGAACCUACUUGGGAUGACAGCAUCUCUAUCGUAUUAACCACAAUUGGGCCCACUCAAAGUCCAACACAACACAAUCCGUCAGCUCUUCAAGGCGACAUGUCGGAUCAAGCUGAGACAAAGUGAACAUGUGCGAAAUUUACCAGCAGUCGUGUAUGCGGCAAGCCUAAAAAUUCGGGGAAGCUCAUCAUGGAGCGUUCGGCUACGUGAUGGAGAACCAGUGAUUCGCCACUCGCAUGUGCGCUUUGCUCGGUAA